GGGCAGUUUGUGCUUUCACCCGACUGCAUAUAUACAGGCACGUCAGCAGUGUUGUCCACACACACACAGCCAACCACACAACUGGACCACCCCUCAGUCAAAAACACAGAUGCUCCUCAGGACACACAAAUGGCUUUGCCUUGCGACACACGACUUACGUGUUGUGUACACAUGCCGUGAUCCUCCCAAGGACACGAAGAGAGAACAAGCGAGGCAGCUGGCCUCUCUGUGUGUCGACGAGAGCAACACUCUCAUGUGCACAUCACAACGCAGAGCAACAUGCCGCGUCCGCUCACUACAGAAACGUUUUCCUCCUCCAGCCCCCUCCCUGUCUGCCCAGUUCAUGCCCUUUCCUUAUCGCCACGGCUGCUGCUGCUGCCAGUUGUCGCUAGAUCCGCUAUACGACUGCUGGGGGGGAGGGGGAGGUUGCUGGGAUGGAGAAGGGGGAGGCGGCGGGACACCGCCCGGAUAGAUGACGAUGCUGCCUGGCAUGCUGCCUGGGUAGCCCUGCUGGUCGUCCAUGGGCUUGCCCGUGCGAGGGUUAAUGCGCCGCCCCUGGUCAUCUACGUGCACCUGGCAAGAGAACAAAACACCACGUCUGUUUGCCUUGCUUGUGGCACAUGUCAUGUGUGGGCUGCUUCCUCACCACUCUGUAUCUCGCGCCACCGAAGAGCCGAAACACGAGGGCAAUGCCGAUGUACUGACAAAUAACCAGACAGCAAACGGGCGUCAGACAGCAUGUGUGCCGUCCAUUCGUCCAUUGUGCUCCGCUCACCGCUCCGAAGAGACUCACGAUUGAAACCCACAGCUGAGUGCCAAAAGGCGGCGGAGGUGGCGGAGGUCCUCCCCCGAACUGUUGUUGCUGCUGCCAGUUCUGAGGCCAGGUUUUGGGCACCGGCUGCUUCUGUCCUUCGGGAGGGCCGGACUGCCACUUGCGCUUGCGGGCAGCAAGACGAAUAAGGCUGCGACUCCACAUCGUU